UGAGGAACAAACUGUUUGUUUGAGACUGACGGCGCUGAGACCCUGCGGAACCAAACUGACACGACUGACGACAACGUGCUAACAAGUUAGCCGGGACUGGAGGAGGAUUGUAGGCUAUAUGGUGUAGGCUUAUAAUUCCGAGCGUUUUUGUAUUUUAUUUUACUUUAGCUACAAAGUUUAUUUAAUUAUGCCCAGCAAAAAGAAGAAAUACAACGCCAGAUUCCCUCCGGCGAGGAUUAAGAAGAUCAUGCAGACAGAUGAAGAAAUAGGCAAAGUGGCUGCAGCAGUUCCCGUUAUAAUCUCGAGAGCUCUGGAGCUUUUCCUGGAGUCGCUGCUGACGAAGGCCUGCCAGGUCACCCAGUCGAGGAACGCCAAAACCAUGACGACGUCUCACCUGAAGCAGUGCAUCGAGCUGGAGCAGCAGUUUGACUUCCUCAAAGACCUGGUGGCGACGGUGCCGGACAUGCAGGGCGAGGGCGAGGAGAACCACACCGAGGCCGGAGGAGAAAAAGUACCUCGCAGGGGACGAAAGCCAGGAUCUGGUCGCAAGAACGGGGGAGCCGGCUCCAAAAGCAAAGACAAGAAGCUUUCUGGAACAGAGUCGGAGCAAGAGGAAGAUUCCGAAGACAGCGAGACGUACGGAGACGAGGACGACGGCUCCCAGUCGAGCACAAACCAGCAGGCUGCGUCCAUGUUCCACAGCUCAAACCCCCACUCCCAGUUCGGGAACACGGGCAACAUGGCGACGGCGGCCAAUCCGGCUCCAGCCCAGGGCACCAUGGCGUUCGCCCCUCAUCCCUCCAUGGUGAGCGUCGCUCUGCCCCCCCCAGCGCCCGCGCCGCACAAAAACGAGGAGGACGACGACGAUGAAGACUAUGACUCUUAGCUACCUCCCUCCCCUCCCCACCAACAUCCUCUCUUUAUCUCUCACACACACACACACAAACACACACACACACACACACACACACACACACACACACAAACCCAGCAUUAUUUCCAGAUGAAGUUGGCCCCCUGGUGGCAGUGAAGAAGAGGACUCUUCAUCUUCAUCGCAGCCUGCUGACAGAAGAAAGCUGUAAGAGACAAAACCUUGUUGUACAUUAGGUGUUUUAAUUUUUUUUAAAAAAGCUUUUAUUUUAAUGUAGAGAUGGGGACGGGGGGUUGUUUUUUAAGCUAGGUCUUUGCUGUUUAGUUUUUUUUUUUUUUUUGGUCUUGACUAGUAUAAUACGGUGAGCCUCAGCAGACAGGAUAGGUGUGGUUUAUUUCACCUCACAGCUUUUUGUUUCUUUUUGCGCUUUUUUUCCUUCGAAAAUUUCUCAGCAUAAUAAAAACAAACGCAGUUCCUCCGACCCAAAGAAAAACCACCUUUUUAAAGCUCAGGUGAGUUCUGAAGCGUGUAUUUGGUGUCGUCUUUCAGCCGAUUGUCAAGACGCCAGUUGCGUCGUUUCAGUCGCGCCUGAUCUCAGACGACAGAAAAGCAGGUGAAUUUUUUUAUUUAUUUUUUUUCCCUACCGUUUGUUUGCAACCCGCUGUUUGCUUUCGUUUCACAUUUAGUCUCUACUUUAAACUCAAAAUUGAUUUCAACCACAUCAGCAGGGGGUAAAGAUUUUGAUCUGAGUGUGUUUUUAUUAUUUCACUUUACCAUACAUUUAUUUGCCUGUAAAAUACACAAUGAACAUUGGACCACAUGUUUUUGGGUUUUUUUUUCUUUUAAAGUUUUUUUUUUUUUUCUGGCCCUCAACAUUCGCUCCUCUGUCUUUAACAUUCGUUUUUCCUUCUUUUAGAUUCUUUAUUUUAAACGAACGCAGAGGCGGAGCUCCCAUUUCUGCGCCGAGCUUGUUGUAAAAUGGUUGCGAGACAGUUUACUCUGUAUUGUAAACUUUUAAUGUUCUUCUUAUUUUGUAUGGGUGAAAUAAAGUUCACAUUUCAAUUUAAAAAGAAAAACAGACAGCUGUUGGGGUUUCUUCGCUGUCGUGAAUAGGAAAAAAAACACAAGUUCACGUUACGUUCUGCUUAAAUGUUGGAAGUUUUUUUUCUUUUUUUUAUUUAACCGCAAAAAAAAAAGCUUUCAUAAAUGUUCCUCCUGAGUCGUACGCUAGAGUCAACGCACCCAACAAACGGAACCUGCUUCUUCUUACAUUUCUAUGUGGUUGUAUAGUUUAAAAGUUCAGAUAAUUUUCCCACGUUAGCAGUGAAAAUAAUCUGCCAAUGGAACAAGUAGGUUUUUUAAAAUAAAUACCAAACAAUUAUUGUUUCUAGACAAGCACCUAAAAAAAAGUUACUUGUAAGUGAUCUUUGUCUCAUUUCAUGUUCACCAAGGUGUUUCUACUACAAACUAGACCAAAAAUACUUUGCUAGUUUUUGUUUUUGCAGCGUAGAAUCAAGUUAUGUUCCAAGAGAAACUUCUUCCGCCAAUCAGGACCUAGUUUUCUGUUGACCCGUGCAUUUCCAUUUUCCAGUGUGAUGGAGCAACGUGCCAAAUAGUUAAAACUUUUGGAACUCAUGGCGUGGUUGUUUAAACUUUUGUUUUUAUAUUAAUAUAACAACAUGCACAAAAAAACAAACAAAAAAAACCCCCAACAAUGUUAAGGCAGAUAUAUUUAGUUAGGGCUAUCAGCUGAGGCAUCCAUCUUUAGAAAUGGAUGUUUGGUUCACCGGCUGGAAGUGGAAAAGUGAAACCCUGCGGCAUCUUCUGGCAGAGUCGUCAAACUGCUUCCUCCUUCAUUUCCCCGUUUCACAACAACACAUCACAUGAUUUGUAACCCCUUGGCUCCGUUUUUGUUCCUCCCACUUUUUU